UGUCUGAGCGCCGUUGUGGGCAUGAGAUCAGCUCGCGCUCAGCGGAGCUUUGGGCGUUAUAACCGGACAAUGACUCGGACUGACACAAUGAAUAUUUUUUCAAGAAAAUGACCGCUAUGUGAUUAGACUACAAAAUUCGAGGAACGUCGGGGAAAUGUGUUCGCGUACAACCUACCUGGUGUUCUGGAUGUAGAGCGAAUGACCUCUGGGAAAACGUUUUUGUAGUGAUUUCUAGGCUAUAUGGUACACUGUCUAUUAAAUGCUAUAGUCUUUUGAGGGAUUUGAUGUUCUCGUGUGCAAGGACAAUCGAUUUACCGGAGUAGCGGUACUGCUUAAUCAUUGCUGAAGUUGAAUUCGGCGAAUUGUCAUGCACGGAGCUUUAGCUAAUAAUACCUGGGUUUAAAUAUUGCCUAGUGGUCUACAACUGAUUUUUCUCAACAAGACCCAAUUAGAGGUUUUAAUGGUGCAGAAUCUGUAUAGGUUCUCUAUAUUGCGUAAAAGCUCUUGAAACUUUCAGAUUCCCUUCUGCUUUUUAGUUUUAGGACAAAGUUACCACAUUUCUGUUUGGCAGAAUUACUAUAGCUUACUUUCAUAAAAUUGCGUUUGCCUAUUAUUUUUCUCUGUGGGAUAUUUUCAUUUUGGACACAGAGAGACAAAACCUAGGUUCCCCGCAUCCAUUGUGUCAUGAGUUUUACAUCUGCUGUUGGAGUCACAUCUGAGAACAAGCAGAUUAGCAGUUACAGAACCGAUCAUCUCUGAACCUCGCUGCACCAGUAUCCAAGACAGGACUUUGGUCACUUGUUGGGAAAUGAUCAGGAGCGCAGUGGGCUUCGAAGGGGUGGAGGAGAGAGAUGAAGAGCAGGAGGAGGAGGGUGAAGAGGAUUUGCGCGAUGGAGGGGUGCCGUUUUUUGUCAACAGAGGAGGCCUGCCUGUGGAGGAAGAUACUUGGGAGCGGAUGUGGCGGCACGUGGCCCGGAUUCAUCCUAAUGGAGAAGAUAUAGGAAAAGGAAUCAGGGGGUGCAAUGACCUGCCCAAGAUUCCCAUACCGAGUGUGCCUACAUACCAACCAACCACCAGUAUCCCACAGCGCCUGGAAGGCAUACAAAAAUACAUCAGGGACUUGCAGUACAAUCACACUGGAACACAGUUUUAUGAAAUAAAAAAGAGCCGUCCUCUCACUGCGUUGAUGGACAUCGCUAAGGAGAUGACCCGCGAGUCUCUGCCAAUCAAGUGUCUGGAGGCUGUGAUCCUGGGAAUUUACCUCACCAACAGCAUGCCAGGCGUGGAGCGUUUUCCCCUCAGCUUCAAGACUCACUUCUCAGGGAACCACUUCUACCACAUCGUGCUGGGCGUCCACUGUGGGGGGCGCUUUGGUGCCCUGGGGAUCAGUCGCAGGGACGACCUCAUGUUCAAGCCCCUGGAGUUCCGCUCGCUGGCGGACCUGGUGCAGGAGUUCCAGGGGGCCUACCGGGGCCUUUGGCACAGCCUGCGCAAGGUGAAGCUGGGCCAGUACGUGUCCCACGACCCCCACAGCGUGGAGCAGAUCGAGUGGAAGCACUCCAUUCUGGAUGUGGACAAGCUGUCUGUUGAGGAGCUGAGGAGGGAACUGGAGAGACACACCAGGGACAUGAGGCUGAAGAUUGGGAAGGCUGCUCCCCCCUCUCCCACCAAAGACAGGAAGAAGGACACGGGUUCCCCCCUGCGGGGCCCCGGAAGCCCCAUGCGCAGGAACAGCCGCGUCGAGAGACGUCCAUCCGGAGAGAAGAAGGUUCUAGAUCCGAAGCCGUCUUCAGACAUGAAUGGAUAUCAAAUUAGAGUAUGAGCAGGACAAUUUCUGAAGUCUGCCAAGCGCUUGUUACGGACAAACGCCUUUGGACCUGUCCCAUUUGAAUGACCAUACAGUCAUGGCAAUGUUUGCUGGCUAAAAGCUGAAGGCCUACUGUAGCAGAGUAGUUUGGGCAGACACAAUUCCAAAACAUUCAAUUGUGCUGUGGAUUUUUGUUACCACAAACUUGAUGGGUGGUGAUGGCAGCAUUUUUAAAUUCCAAAAGGUCAAACAGGUAUUUCAGUCAUAUUUCAAAAUGAAUAUGCAGGGUUUUGUCAAUAUGCAAUGUGAAAUCUGGCUCAUGUCUCAAACUAGGUUAGGAUACCACAGCCUAAAUGUGCAAUUAGACAUAUCAUAGAUUAUAUCAUAGAUAUAUAGAUUAUAUCAUAGAUUUCCAUGUUUUCAAUCAGUUCUUUUAGAUGUUCCUGUGAGAAUUGUGGGUAAUCUGUGUGACCGUGUAGUAUGUAGAGGUGUAUAUACAUUUAAUCUUUAGCUCUGCUGGACAGUUAAUGCUUUUGUAGUGACUAGUAACUAACCACUGCCAUUGUGCCUUUUACAAACGUUUUAAUGACGAGAUAACACAGUGACAACUUUUAAAUGUUUCUUACCGUAUUACAUUUGAGCAAACUGCUAUUUAUCUCAUUUUCCAUAUAACCAUGACAUGAGUUGUAUGUACAUUUACCACAUACAAGGAUGUUAGCAUGUUCUGCUAUUUACAUGUAUUUAAUGAUUGAAUUUGGGAUGAAUCCAUAAUCAUUGUACUUUCUACAGCAUGAGUGAUGUGAAUGUCCAGAGAAUUAAGACACUCGUCGGAUAUAGUUAAGUAGGAAAAGAAAAAAAGUGAAAAGCAGAUGUUUACCUGGGCAGUGAAAAGCAGAUGUUUACCUGGGCAGUGAAAAGCAGAUGUUUACCUGGGCAGUGAAAAGCAGCUGUUUACCUGGGCAGUGAGAAGCAGAUGUUUACCUUUAAAGACACUGAAGUUCAUUUCACUGACCUCUUAGGCCUUACACCUUAGAAACCAAGGCAGGUAAAUAGUUUCUUUUUGCCACUGUAUUGACAUACAUUUGUAUGCAUCUUACUUGUAUGCAUCUUUCUAUACAUCUUACUUACCCACUUCUAUUUUAAGGGGUACUUGGAUAUUUUCACUUGGUGCAAAGUGACAGUUUUACAACAAUCAUGUCAGAGUUUUGUAUGUGUGCUGUAGUUUCAUACCUUCCUUGGUAUUGACUUAUCAAGUCAACACUCGGGCGGAGGUUUAGUCAAGUUUAGACAUUUUAAAAGUCCAAUAACAUUUCAUUUGCUUGUAAAAUUGACGUUGUCCACUUUCAUUUAAGCAGUAAAACCACAGUUGUCUACUACCAAAAAGGUAGAAUUUCAUAACACUUUCAGACUUUAAUAAAGCAUUCCUUUACCUGUCUGCCUGUACAAGUUAUUGUACAGAUGUUACUGACUUCUGGGAUAGUGCUGCUAACUGGGAGUUUAUUUACAGGCAAAAUAAAGAGGUUACAAUCCAUUUUCCAUUUG